GCGAAAGUGGGCUGUAUAAGCCGAAACAGUGCACUCUCUCCUCGGACUCGUCUCCACUCUCGCUACCCUCAAGAAGCUUUAUCCAGCACGAGUCGGAACCAGAAAUGACAAUCCGAGGAGCUUCCCUAUCCAAUCUCUUGACAAUCUGAAAACCCCGUGGCACGAGGAAACGAGGGUCGUCCUCGGGUCGUUGCGGGAUGGCUUCUCUGUCGACCUCCUGGUCGUGUUUCGUUGUGGCAGGUAGCGGAUUGAGGUGCGCGGUCAAAGCUGAUGGUAGUGAGCCCGGCAAGCCAAAUUCCAUUUACUUGCAGACAUCAUUUCUGGGCUCAUUUCCUGCCAGAGUUGCACAAAUUAGAGCUGGCUCAAAAAGUUCUCUUAGGCAGGGGCCUUCAGUACCUUGUAUAAAAUGCGAGAAGGAUGAGUUUGAAGAUGUAUCUAUUGAGCGUCCUCCAUACUAUAGUUACCUGGACUCUACAUCUGGGCAGCUUGAACCAGCUUCUGGUGCACGUGCUCCUAUCCCUGGAGAGGAGUACUGGCCAGAGGGAACUGCUAGCCGUGUCAGAGCUGCGAGGGCUCCUGAACCAACUGGAAAAUCUUUGGGUUCUCCAUCUUAUGGGAAAAGCCCAGGAAGCAGGAGGAAGAAAUACAAAACAUCAGUUGCAGCUUCUGAAUCCACUGGAGUCGGUUCGCAAUCAAAUGAUUUGCUUGUCCCAGAAGCUGUAUCUGGAUCAUCUGAGACUGAUCUCAUUCUGUCUGACUCAGAGACACCCGAAACUUCUGAUGAUUCUAUAGAGGAGCAUAAAGAUAGCUCAUCUGGGUAUGUUGUUUAUCAAACAGAACCUGAUGAAGAAGAGAUUGGAUAUGAUUUGGACAAAAAGCUAGGGCGUCCCCACCCUUUUAUCGAUCCAAAAGUGAAGAAGCCUAUAAAGGAGCCACUUACAAGUGAAGAAUUAUGGUGGAACUGGAGGAAGCCAGAUGAGGAACAGUGGUCUAGAUGGCAAAGGAGGCGACCUGAUGUUGAAACGGUUUUCCUAAAAGCAAUGGCAGAGACUGGACAAGUAAAGCUUUACGGGGAUCAUCCAACAUUGACUGAAACAUCUUUAUAUAGAGCUAGACGGCAUCUAUUCAAGGAAGAAAGGCUUCAAGCUGAAUGGGAUAGACUGGAAGAAGUAGGUCCAUUGGCGUACUACUCAGAAUGGGUAUCAGCAUGGAAGAGAGACACUUCGCGCGAAGCUGUGCAAAAACAUUUUGAAGAAACUGGUGAAGAUGAAAACACACAACUUGUUCAAAUGUUUCAGCACCAGACUGAUCGAGAGUAUCGCAUUAUGAUGGGUACUGAUCUGCGCAUCAAGAGGGAUCCUCUUGCAAUGCGUAUGAGAGAGGAUCAAAUCAAACAAAUUUGGGGUGGAGAUCCAGUAUAUCCUACUGUAAAUUAUAUUCAGGAUCCGAAUGAAAUUAUUGAUUACAGAGGUCCAGAUUUUCAUGAACCAACUCCCAAUAUAUUGGCUUAUCUGAAGGAGCGAGGCAAGAUAAUAUCAAGGGAGGAGCUUGAGACAAUUCUGGCAAAGGAGAAAACUGAGGAAAUUGAGAUAACAGACAUGGACGAAGCGAUGGCACGAGCUGUUGAUAUUGGGGAAAAUGAUGAAGGAGAAGAUAGUGAGCUUGAGGGUGAGGAAGAGCCAGAGAAAAUUACACGCAACUGGAGCGUUUUGAAAAGCACCCCCGAGCUCGACAAAUCGAAGGACAAGAAGCUGAAAAAGGAGAAAAAGGAUGGUGGCAUGUCGUUGGAAGAGGCGGUAGAUGAUUCCGAGAAUCUUACGGAUUUUCUCUUGGAUUUUGAAGAAGAUGAAUGAACCCUCCCAAAAGGAAGAACCCCUUCACCUCACUAGCUAUGCAAGUCCGAAUCGCCACACUUGCACGGCACGACAUUGCCGUCGAUCAUGAAUUCAAUCUCACUGGUGGAAGAGUGGAUAGCAUCGCGUGCUGCUGAAACUCUGCGGUAGCACAUUAGGGGGCUGUGCCUGUGGAACUUGUUGCCGUGGACCACGACAUCGUGAAAGUCGGAAACUACUGAGUGAUUAGUGCAUUCUUGCGGUUAACCUGGUGUCCAUCGCACUGCAGUGGACUUGCAGACCAGAAUCAUCUGUCUGUCCUGCCGUCAAAAUGGAGUUGAUUUAUCACCCUUUUUUAAAACAUAAUGAUGCAGAUCUAAGCUUUUUUCCCCUCUAACAUGGUCGUGUAUGCAAUCAACCAUGCCAUCACCGUGUGUUUUUAAGUUACAUGAAAAGAAAACACAAUGGAUGAGUUCCAGAGAUUUCUUUCCAGAGCUGCCGGAAGAUGGGUCUGACGCUCGGAAGACCGCUCAUGUAAAGCGUGUCUUGACGAGGAAAUGAGAAAAGUAUCGGAAGAGUCUUAAACUUUU